AUGACCAACAACACAUACGAUAAACUUUGCGACUUUUUAGUGAACGCUGAUGAAGAAAACAUCACUGCUGGAUCUGCUAUUUAUCAACUAAUAGAAGAUGAGCCCUGGACCCCCAAACCUGUACUAAAAAAUAUGAUAGGACGCGCUGUAUCUUUUGCAAAUAAUCAAAUUACUAGAGGAUCUUCGCAUACUCGCAGCCAAUUUGAAGAAAUAAGUGUAGCAGAUUUAGCACCCCAUUAG